AUGGCCGUGUCAUUCCUAUCUCUACGAACAGCCAACCCAGCAAUUCCAGUUGGAACCACGAGGUAUAAUUACUUACUCGCUCCAGCUGUUCACAUUGGUGACCCGGUGGAUUUCACGAUCGCGUGGCAGGGAGAGUACCAAAGCAGGAUUCCGUUCAUUUGCACUGCCAAUGAUCGAAGAGCUGGGGGAGACUGGGAGACCGGAGUCGUCGGAUACGAGGAAAGACUCUGCCGCCGCUCCAAUCUUUCUGCAACCCUUGCGACACCUGCGCCCGACUCCUAUGUGAAUAACAACUACCCGAUUCCUUCCGAAGGGUCAAUAUUCUCGGAGUUCGUUGUGGUAUUCAGGGGCCCACACGAUACUUAUAAGAGACUCAGCCACCCUGAGGCUCUGCCCGUGGUGUCCAUUCCGGCUUGCCGGUGGCCCAAACUCAGCCACGGCGGUACGAAGUUUUCGUUCCCGAUCGAGCGUGAGCUGGUCAAGAAUAAGAUACGCUCUGCUCUGUUCCUAUGUGCAGCAUGGAAGUAUCGUCAAGUAGUGCUGAUGGAUUUUGGCCUAGGGAACGGUUACCGCAACCCGCCGCAGGAGCUGGCUGAGAUUUGGCGCGAAGUCUUCCUCUACGAUCCGGAGCUUAGGGGACGUUUCGAUGACGUUGCCUUUGUCUUCGAAGAUCCGUUCCAGAGCACGGCUGGCCUCAUCCUCGAUGACAUUGCGAAAAAGAGCAAGAGCGGGAGUAGCUCGAAGAGCAAGUCAAAGUCCCAGAGCUCGAGCUCGAGUUCAAGUUCAAGGAGUUACUCUGCCCCAAGUGACUAUCAAAUUUUCCAAAAUGUAUUCCAUCCGAGCGAGAUCCAACGUGUCCUCAGUAGGCCGGAUCCCCGACUCGCGCUUUCUAUGCUCACAUCAUGA